AUGGCGGCAGAGAAUGGGUUUCUUACUCAGUUCGACGACGAGACAAUGUUUUACAACCGGAUCAUCCUGAGUCACCUCUUGCCGGCGCAUCUAUGGGAGCCUUUACCACGUUUCCUCCAGGCAUGGCUCCGGAACUACCUCACCGGAAGCUUACUUUACUUCAUCUCCGCCUUCCUCUUCCUCUGGUGCUUCUACAUCUAUUACCUAAAACGCAAUGUUUACAUCCACGAAGAUGGCAAUAAUUGA